UCUAUAGCAUAUACCUAGUAUGUGCGUCAACUUAUAUCCUUAUACUUAUAUUCUGAGAAUGUUCCAGGAAUAAAUGGACAUGUGCCACCUAUAUUCUUUAAAGUAUAUUCUUGUGCAUAUAUUCUUAUCAUAUGCUAAGAAUAUUUAUAUUAUAUAUGCUAUUAUAUUUAGCUAUAUACUUUGCUGGAUAUAUACAACAGCUCGGUCCUUUUUUUUCCUCCUCAAAAUUUCGCAUAUUUUGGCUAUUUUAUCCGAAAAAUGGGCGAUAUUGUGAAAUUCAACCAUGGUUUCAAAUCGCGCGCGACUUUAGCUUCAGCGCCUUCUGGCCGCGACUCUUCGAAGCUGCAACACGAUUAAUACGAAACAGUGUUGCCAGUUUAGUAUAAUUAUUCUAGAUUUACUACGUUUUGGAUAUGUUUACGUUAAUUUUUGUAUAUUUUUGUUAAUGGAACAUGGGUUUUUAUUUUUUUUAAAUAUUAUCUAGAACGUUUUUAUGAAAUAAAGUACUUUUCAUAGGUAAUGAUCUUAUUUAGUACGUUAGAUAAAAUAAUUCUGGCAACGCUGUCCACCGACACGCCGCCGCCGGUCGCCGCCAAAGAAAAAAUCGUCGAACCGGCCGAACUUUAAUUGCAUUUUGUUCAAUUUUGUUGCUUAUUGUUGCUUAUAAAUUUACGUUAUAUCGAUAAUAGUGUUCUGUGUGAUUUAAAAGUUAAGUAUAAACAGGGGUGUUGUUUGUACUGUUACAUUAGUCUUGCUUGCAUGUUUUGAAUUUCGAACAGGUUUAAACAAAGAUAUUUUGGGUUUAAAGUAGUGUUUGAUCCGUAGCGUUAGGCUAUUAAGCCUUGUUGUACUUGUAAUUUUCACUUAGUUGACCCCAUAUAAAAAUGCAACCUUGGGUUGUUAUUGCGUUUGAUGAGGAAGACUCAGUUGCCGUUGUCCCAAACACGUGGUUGUUCCAAGCUGAAAACAGCAAGGACAUGUGUAAAUGGCCUCCAAACAGCAGAAAUGCAACAGGAUACGUCAAAAGAAGAGACAAACCUGGACCGGAUUGGCAACACUACCCAAUUACAAUAUUGGGAGAUUAUGCCUCCUAUGAUAUUGCCCUAAGAAAAGCUCAGAAGGCAGAAGAAACAUCUGAGCUUUCUUCAAAUAAUGAUACAAUAAAAAGGAAGAGGACAAAAAAUUUAAAAUAUGUACCGUGUACUUCUUCCAGUGAAUCUGAAAAAGAAGAAGCAGAUUCGGAAACCGAAUACCCAAAAACCCCUAAGAUUAGACACACCGAAAUGAGUAAAAGAAGGGAGGCGAGGGAAAGUGAAAAUAUAUUAUCACAAAUGGGCAGUAAGUGUAGAAGUCUUCAGGUAGCAACUCCAAAAAAUUCACCAACUACAUCCUUCUUAAGCCCCUCGCCCCAACCGCAAUGCCAGUUCCCAAAGCCACUUGAAAGGGAUAAUGCACCAUCUGAAAAAGAAUUUCGAAAACAAGUAUUAACCAAACUUAGUAUUAUAAUGGCCAAACUGGGAAGGCAGGACGAGCAGCUGGACAAUAUAGAGGCUUUAUUAGCAAUUAGACCAAAUGACAUGGAUCUUUAUUCCAAUACAGGAAUAGAAAAGAUCCCUGUUAGUAACGAAGAUGAGUUGGCUCUUCUGGAACAAUUUAUUACUGAACCAUUAAACUUCAAGGCACUGGCUAAAGAGCUUAGUCGAUUAGGGGGAAACAUGGUUCCUGAAAUUACCAGAAAAAUAAUGUACCGGAUAAUGACAAAUGAAUUUGCUCAACUGUACAGUUGGGAGGGCGGAAAGGGCAAAAGAAAGUUUGUUAACCUCACCCUGUCUAAAGUUGUAAUUGAUGCAGUGAGAUGCAAUAAACGAACAGCAAAUGCGUGCGAGGACGAAGUAAUAUUAGAAAUAAAAAGAUGGCUUGUUAAAGCCAAGGAAAGGAUUUCAAACAAAAAUAAAAGAAGGGAAAGAUUGGCUGAGAAUCAGGAGGAGCAACUCGGACGUUAACGGAGGAGCAACUAAACGUUAUAAUAUUUAAAUUCUUGUUAAUUUUUCAAAUAAAUGUUUUUGUAAGUAUAUGAUUUCCUAUUAUUUAAAAUUUCCAUUGGAUACCUAGAAAAAUGUAGUAUAUUUCGUUCAGCACAGGUAGACAGUUUCUUUACACAUCUAUUUGGAUAUUUUAGAGAAAGAUGUCAUGAUGUGACAUAACUGUCUACCUGUGCUGAACAAAAUUUACCUCCCUAAUUUUUUAAAGUAUGUUCACAGAAUAUGCUAUACGUAUAAAAACAAGGAUAUUCUCAGCAUAUUUUAAAAUAUUCCUAGAACAUUCUUAAGCCAAGUGCAUAGCACAUGCUUUUUGCGGCCAAAAGGUUAUGCUGAGCACAUCCCCAGAAUAUAUAAGUGUAAUUCUUAGCACAUGCUCAGAACAUAUUUCCAAUAUUCUUAUACCAAAAAAGUGUAUUCUAAGCACCUGCUAGGUAUAUUAUUUU